AACUGCAAAAGGAAGGGGUGCCAAACUCUCCCACGGCUCUCUUUUCCUAGCCUUUCGAUGCACGUACAGAGUAUAUUUUUCUUUGGCCUUGUGCGCUAGCUUUGCCUUUCUCCGCAAGAAUGGAGACGCGCCUGCGGCGUACAAAGUGUCCACGCGGUCUCCACCCCGUCAAUGCUCCAUGAGAAAAAUCACCGGCCUUUUCCGCCGAAGCUAGCUUUUCAGGCUACACACACAUAUACCCGUGCCGGCGUACGUAGCAAGCUAAGCUAACCCCCCACCUGCGUAGAGCAGAGCAGACAUGUCUCUCUCGCUGGGCAGCGGCGCCGACACGCCCGCGCCGACGGCCGGCGCGCUUGCUCCACCCAUGCCCCUCUCGCUGGCCGGACAGUACCUCCCGCUCAACGAGAACGACUCCCUGGACAUGGUCCUCUUCGACGUCCUCCGCGAGGCCUCCGCCGUGUCCGCCUCGCCGCCGCUGGCCCCGCUGAACAUGCAGCAGAGCCUGCUGCAGAGGGCCAUCGUCGCUGACCCCGGCACGCGCAAGGCCGGCAGCGGCAAGGGCGCGGAGCGGCACUACCGCGGGGUGAGGCGGCGGCCGUGGGGGAAGUACGCGGCGGAGAUCCGGGACCCGUCGCGGCACGGCGCGCGCCUGUGGCUCGGCACGUUCGGCACGGCCGAGGAGGCGGCCGCCGCGUACGACAGCGCCGCCUUCCGCCUGCGGGGCGCCAAGGCGCUGCUCAACUUCCCGCCGCCCGUCGUCGUCGCCGCGGACGUGCCCCGUGGCGCCGGCGCUGCGGCGAAGCAGGCCGGUCGGGGCGAGGUGAAUGCGUCAUGAACCGUGCCGUCCCGUGCUUGCUGGGUUUGCUCGCUGAUCGUUCUUCUGCGCGUUGUCCGCGUGUGCGUUUGGAGCAUGGAAGUCUGUAACCGUCUGCCGGUGGAUCAAUCGUUUGUGCUUCCAGCUUUUUUGAUGGUAGUUUUUCUUGGCGUCGUCUUGAAAGUCGAAACGAUUGGUUCGGGCUAAAGGUGCAAGUUGCCAUUCCGGUGAUUUGUCUACGAGUCAUCAUCGAUUGUACAUUAUUUUAGCUUUCUAGGGAUACGUUAUUCUGGAAUGAUGAUGAAGGUUCUCUUGUCAAAUCAAAGUUUAAGACGAGACUUCAAAGGAA